UUGUCUUACAUCAGCUCAGUGUGCCUGGAUAUGAAGUCCAAGUGAGAGAAAGGAACAGUUGGGAUUUUACUUCGCUUUUCUUUCUCACUGGCUGGAAUUAACAUCUCACCGGACAAAUGGUUUAAGAGAAGCAGGAUUAACGCAAAAAAAGAAUGAAGGCCAGGUCCCGAUUUGAGAUGAACCUCCUUUGGAAUAUCAUCUUUUCCCUAUCACUUCUUCUGUACCUCUCAGGCAAUGUACAGGCUCAAGUAAAUCCAAGCGUGUGUCGAUCCCCUUUGGGGAUGUCUGGAAGACAGAUCUUAGACGAAGACAUUUCAGCUUCAAGUCAGUGGUCUGACUCAACAGCAGCAAAAUAUGGCAGACUGGACUCAGAGGAAGGGGAUGGUGCGUGGUGUCCAGAGAGCACUAUUGAACCAGAGAACAUGAAUGAGUUCUUGCAGGUUGACCUCCGCUCUCUGCACUUUAUCACCCUGGUGGGCACUCAAGGGCGGCACGCGGGGGGCAUCGGGAAUGAGUUUGCCCAGACCUACAAGAUCAAGUACAGCCGUGAUGGCAGUCGCUGGAUAUCCUGGCGCAACCGGCAAGGAAAGGAAGUAAUUGAGGGGAACAGGAAUGCCUAUGACAUCGUGCUCAAGGACCUGGAGCCGCCCAUCAUCGCACGCUUUGUGCGCUUCAUGCCCGUCAUCGACCACUCCAUGAACGUGUGUAUGCGGGUAGAGCUCUAUGGCUGCGAGUGGCUAGAUGGCCUGGUGUCGUACAAUGCUCCGCUCGGCCAAGAGAUGAUCCUCCAUGAUCAGGAGGUUUACCUCAAUGACUCUGUGUACGACGGUGCCGUACUUUACAGUAUGACAGAAGGGUUGGGUCAGUUAACGGACGGCAUGUGUGGUCUGGACGAUUUUACUCUCAGUCAUGUCUACAACGUAUGGCCUGGCUAUGACUACGUGGGCUGGACCAACGAGAGCUUCCCCAAUGGAUACGUAGAGAUCAUGUUCGAGUUCGACCGGACACGCAACUUCACCACCAUGAAGGUGCACUGCAACAACAUGUUCUCUCAGAGAGUAAAGGUCUUCCAGAAGGCGGUGUGUUAUUUCCGCUCCGACGCGGAUUGGGAGCCCACACCGGUGUCUUUUAGUCCCGUGAUGGACGACGGCAACCCGAGCGCUCGCUUCGUUACCGUCAACCUCCACAACCACAUGGCCAGUGCCAUCAAGUGUCAGUAUUACUUCUCUGACAUGUGGAUGAUGUUCAGUGAGAUCACCUUUCAGUCAGAUACAGCAAUGUACAACACAACGUUAGCUCCCCGCACGACCAGAGAUCCACCCAACACAACAUCAGGGGGCAACCCCGUUCACAAAGUAGAUGACAGCAACACUCGAAUUUUGAUCGGCUGUUUGGUGGCCAUCAUCUUGAUCUUGGUGGCCAUCAUUGUCAUCAUCCUCUGGAGACAGGUCUGGCAGAAGGUCCUGGAGAAGGUCUCUAGGAGGAUGCUUGACGAUGAGCUAACUGCCAGUCUGUCGAUCCAGAGUGAAGCCUUCAGCUGUAACAAUAACCUGACCUCCUCAGGAGCCAGCGAGCAGGAGUCCAGCUCCACCUACGAGCGCAUCUUCCCGCUCGGAGCAGAUUACCAAGAGCCCUCACGCCUUGUCCGCAAGCUGCCCGACGUCUCGCAGGUCUCAGAGGACGCCGCAGUCAAGUGCCCUCAGUCCAACACUCAAGAAGGAGUUCCCCAUUACGCCGAGGCCGACAUCGUUAAUCUGCAAGGAGUAACCGGGGGGAACACGUACGCCGUGCCCGCUGUCACUAUGGACCUGCUAUCAGGAAAAGACAUCCCUAUAGAAGAAUUCCCCCGAAAGCUGCUCACAUUCAAGGAGAAGCUUGGAGAGGGUCAGUUUGGAGAGGUGCACCUUUGUGAAGCAGAAGACAUGGAGGAGUUCAUGGAUAAAGACUUCUCAUUCGAUGUCAGUGAGAAUCAGACAGUACUUGUGGCCGUGAAAAUGUUACGAGCCGAUGCAAAUAAAAACGCCAGAAACGACUUUUUAAAAGAGAUAAAAAUAAUGUCGCGGUUGAAAGAUCCCAACAUCAUACGGCUUCUGGGGGUGUGCAUGAGCUCGGAUCCCCUGUGCAUGAUCACUGAGUACAUGGAGAAUGGAGACCUCAACCAGUUCCUGUCGCGCCAUGAGGCAGAGGGCAUGAUCGCUCUUCUGAGCAACGCACCUACAGUCAGUUACAGUAACCUGCAGCACAUGGCCACCCAGAUCGCCUCGGGAAUGAAGUACCUCUCGUCACUUAACUUUGUGCACCGAGACCUCGCCACCCGAAACUGCCUGGUGGGGAAGAACUACACCAUCAAGAUCGCUGACUUUGGCAUGAGCAGGAACCUGUACAGCGGAGAUUACUAUCGCAUCCAGGGCCGAGCCGUGCUCCCCAUCCGCUGGAUGUCUUGGGAGAGCAUCCUCCUGGGUAAAUUUACCACCGCCAGUGACGUCUGGGCGUUCGGUGUGACUCUCUGGGAGACUCUGACGUUCUGUAAGGAGCAGCCAUACUCACAGCUCUCAGAUGAGCAGGUCAUCGAGAACACGGGCGAGUUUUUCCGGGACCAGAGGCGACAGAUCUACUUGCCGCAGCCAGCCCUGUGUCCUGACCCCGUCUACAAGCUCAUGCUGAGUUGCUGGCACAGGAACGCCAAAGAGAGACCGUCUUUCCAUGAGAUCCAUCGAAUACUGCUGGAGAAUACACCUUAAUGUGUGCUAGAGACGCUUUAGUGUGCCAGCAAAACACACAUACACACACACACAAACACAAACACAUGCUGCGUAUAUUUAAAGGUAAAUAUAUAUUGCCAUAUUAAAUCUACCUACACGUUGCAUAAGGUAGAUGAUUAUGAGGCUAAAAUGUAGCAGUGAGUUCAGGCACUUUUUAAUUUUUUUUACUUUGGUAUUGCCAUUUGUUAAUUCCUUGGUCAAAUAAAGCUCAAAAGUAUAUAAUCGUUAAAUUAAAUUAAUUUAGAAUAAUCAAAUAGAAGAUAUCCCCGAUAUGUUAAAUCAGAAGACAGCUUGAAUGUAAAUAAAUAUUUGUGUUUCUUGUCCUAAAAUUUCUCCAUUUUUUUUUUUUUU